GCGGAGGCCCGGGCCUGCCGUGCCGGGAUACGGGGGAAGGGGCAGGGCCUGGCUGCAAAGCGCCGCUACUUCCUGGUUGCCGCAGGGAAAGUUGCGGGACGCGGUGGCUUGGCUCUUCUCUCCGUGCCCAGCCCGAGGGGGAGAUGACGACUCUGACACACCGAGGCCGGCGUGCUGAGGCGGGAAGGAACUCGGACAAGAAGGCUGAUGGUGAGGAAGAUGGGUCUGUGGACAGAGAGCUGAAUGAGGAGGAUCCCGAUGACUCCAAAGACAUUCGCCUCACGCUCAUGGAGGAGGUGCUGCUCCUGGGGCUGAAGGACAAGGAGGGCUACACCUCCUUCUGGAACGACUGCAUCUCCUCAGGCCUGCGUGGUGGCAUCCUCAUCGAGCUGGCUCUGCGGGGCCGGAUCUGCCUCGAGCCCCUCUCCAUCAGGAAGAAGAGGCUGCUGGAGAGAAAGGUGCUUUUGAAGUCGGAUGCACCGACCGGUGACGUGUUGCUGGACGAGACCCUCCGACACAUCAAAUCCACAGAGCCUGCAGAAACAGUUCAGACCUGGAUAGAGCUGCUCACUGGGGAGACCUGGAACCCCUUCAAGCUGCAGUAUCAGCUGAGGAACGUGCGUGAGCGCAUCGCCAAGGCUCUGGUGGAGAAGGGCAUCCUCACCACGGAGAAGCAGAACUUCCUGCUGUUUGACAUGACCACACACCCCGUGAGCAACGCCACCGAGAAGCAGCGUCUGGUCAAGAAGCUCCAGGAGAGCGUUUUGGAGCGCUGGGUGAACGAUCCCCAACGGAUGGAACGCAGGACUUUGGCUCUCCUGGUGUUGGCUCAUUCCUCAGAUGUUCUGGAGAACGUUUUGGCCAACCUGGCAGAUGACAAGUACGAUGUGGCGAUGAACAGGACCAAGGAUCUGCUGGAGAUGGACCCUGAGGUGGAAGCUGCCAAAGCCAGAGGUGCAGAGAUGAUCUGGGCUGUCCUGGCAGCUUUCAAUAAGUCUUAAAAAGCCUCCAAAUGAGAUGGGAGAAGCUCCCUCGCCUCAAAGAAGCUCCUAAAUGGGCUCAGCUCUGGGUUGGGGGGGUUUCUCUCUUUCCUUCCCUGGGCAGUGAUGGGAGGGUGAGAGGUGGCUCAUGUGGGCAGGUCACACUCAUCCCAAGGGGAGAGGUGGCUGUGGCUCUUCCUUUCCAGUGCUCCUUGCCCAUGGGCUUCUAUCUCUGGCCAGCCCUGAGCUGAGGGGUGGCAGAGCCCAGCCCUGCCCUCUCCAUGUGGGCACUGAGCUGCUCAGCUGGGACAAACCCCGGGCAGAAACAGGGCUGAGGAGCAGCCUGUGCUCCUGCCCCAGCUCCAUGGCUCCCUCUUCCACUCACAGGUCUUGCCUUUGAGCUGCAUGGGCAGCCUGGAUUCCUUGUCGGCAUCCUCAGGGGGUGGGGGGAUAUGGGCAGGAGGCUGGUUCAGGACUGUCUGGCACUUGAGACCACCCCCAGUGUUGCCCAGCAGAGCCCUCUGAGGUGCCCCAGCAAGGAGCAGCCUGUGCUGCUGUGCCCCUGACACGGGAAACGUGAAACUCUGAUUUUUAUGGCUCCCUGUUACCCUGUUCCUGCAGCACCCCCAGCUCCUGCAGCACAUUGAAACCUGCUUCUGCAGCCUGA